GCCUGAUUUGCUUCACUUUGCUUGUUUGCUUCGCUUCGCUUGCUCGCUCGCUGACUGGGUUGUUGUGGUCUCCGUGGCGGCGUCGCUUCACAUGUUGACACACUUCCGAACGCAAGCUUCCUCUUCUCCGUUGCGGAACAUCUCUAGCGUGCGCGCGCGGAAGACCUCGCUCUCUCUCGUGCGCGGUCUCUUGUGAAACUACCCAUAUCUUCAUUGCUUGACUCUUGCCAUGGCGGCAACGAUGGCUGCCAUGGCAGCUCCGCCGUCGUUGCUCCGCGCGCAGUGCAGAGGAGUCGAUCCUCUGGGUCGCGCUCAGUUCCCCAUGCUGUCACUGCCCGGCCUGCGGUGUCGCCUCCCUCGGUUGUCAGCUCUGGCGCCGAAACGCCGUCUCGGCGGUACUAUCCGAGCUUCGGCUUCUGACGAUGGAGCUGAGUCGAAUCCCAAGAGUUACUCGAUUGUAGAAGAAGCGUAUAGGCUUGACGAACCGGGCGAUACACCUGCUGGAACAUGCGACCCGUUGUGUUCAGUCGAUGAGAUGAGCUCUGAGGAUUUUGAAGAAAGCUACAAACCCAAUUCAGAUAUUAUCAAGGCGGUCGUAGUCGGUGCAACCGUGCUUGCUGUAGCUGGAGUCGUCAAUCAUUCCUGGGUGGCUGAAAACCAGAACCUUGCUAUGUCAGUGGUGUUCGGACUUGGAUAUAUGGGAAUUAUAUUUGAAGAGUUUCUGGCUUUCAACAAGAGUGGAGUAGGGCUUUUGAUGGCAGUGACUUUGUGGACGAUUCGGAGCAUUGGGGCCCCUAGCGUGGAAGUGGCGUCUGCACAGUUGACAGAGUCGUGUACUGAAGUGAGCGAAAUAGUAUUCUUCUUAUUGGGUGCCAUGACAAUUGUGGAGAUCAUUGACGCACAUCAAGGGUUCAAGAUUGUUACUGAUUCCAUCACAACACGAAAGCCACGACUUCUUCUGUGGGUGGUUGGUUGGUUUACCUUCUUCCUUAGUUCGGUGUUGGACAAUCUGACUUCCACCAUUGUGAUGGUAUCACUCCUGCGCAAGUUGGUCAAAGAUCCCGAACAACGCAGAUUUCUAGGAGCAGUUGUUGUGAUCGCAGCCAAUGCAGGUGGUGCUUGGACACCUAUUGGGGAUGUUACGACCACCAUGCUUUGGAUUCAUGGGCAUAUUUCUUCAGUACGGACACUUCAGGACCUCUUUAUCCCCUCAGCAAUCUCGCUUGCUGUUCCACUUGCCCUGAUGUCUCUGAAUAGUGAUACAGAGGGUAAAGCACAAGACCCUACCCCAGCAUUGACAUCAGAACAGAUGGCUCCAAGAGGGCAACUUGUGUUUGGUGCAGGAAUUGGGGCUCUCUUGUUUGUGCCAAUCUUUAAGUCUUUGACUGGCCUACCUCCCUUCCUCGGGAUGCUGCUAGGGUUAGGAUCAUUGUGGCUUCUAACUGACGCCAUACAUUAUGGUGAAAGUGGUCGACAGCAACUGAAAGUGCCACAGGCUCUUUCACGGAUUGACACUCAGGGCAUCCUCUUCUUCCUCGGCAUCCUUCUCUCUGUCGGAAGCUUGCAAUCAGCGGGAAUAUUGCAGGAUCUUGCCCAGUAUCUGAACGAUCAUAUUCCAAAUGUCGAGCUGAUAGCGGGUACAAUUGGGCUGGCAUCAGCUCUUAUUGAUAACGUACCUUUAGUGGCUGCGACGAUGGGCAUGUACACCACCGAACAGUUUCCCGUGGAUUCAGAGCUGUGGCAACUUAUAGCGUACUGUGCUGGAACAGGUGGUUCUAUCCUUAUCAUUGGCUCUGCUGCAGGUGUCGCCUACAUGGGCAUGGAAAAAGCCGACUUCCUAUGGUACCUGAAAAAGGUGAGUGGCUAUGCAUUGGCUGGAUAUGUUGCAGGCAUCGCUUACUACAUCGCAGCAUUACAAUUUCAUGGACCAAUCUUGGCCAACCUUCCAGCUAGCCUACCGGCUCUUCCAGGGCUUUAAUUUGUAGCAUCCACUUGCAGUUUUGAUUUGCAAGCUUUGUUUGGAUUAGGUUACUACUUGAGUGAGAUUAGCCAGUCCAUGCACUUAUAGCUAAGUUAAGGACAAUGCACAACGCAUGCCCUGGAGACAAAUUAUGCCAAGCUUAGAGAACGACUUUUGUUUCUGUGUAUUCAUUGUGUAUGUCCAUAUGACCAUUGUCUAUGUAAGGCUCUGUAGAGAAUUCCUCCUACUCACGCAGUGGUCACUAUUUCAUCAGUCCCGUGUGUGGAUUGUUUAGAGAAUUGUCAACUCCCCUAAGCGAAGUUACACUUCUUAUUCAUGACU